AUGUCCACGUACAGAGUCGUGCCUGUGCCAGUGCUGUCCGACAACUAUGCCUACUUGCUCAUCGAUGAGCGAGACAAGGUGGCGGCCGCCGUCGACCCGGUGGAGCCGAAGAAGGUGCUCGAGGCCGCGGAGAAGGAGGGCGUGCCCAUCAAGGCCAUCUACACCACACACCACCACUGGGACCACGCCGGCGGCAACGAAGAGCUGCUCAAGGCCCUCCCUGCCGGCACGCCUGUCUACGGCGCCGAUGACCGCAUCCCGGGGCUGACUCACAAGGUGGCCAACGCCGAGGUGCUGCAACUGGGCAGCACCGGUGUGAAGGUCCUCUUCACGCCCUGCCACACAGCGGGCCACGUACUGAUGUACCACGCCCUGCACGACGUCUGCGCGCAGCUGCCCCAGGACACCCAGGUGUGGUGCGGCCACGAGUACACCGUAAAGAACCUCCAGUUCGCCCAGUCGGUCGAGAAGGACAACCAGGAACUUCAGGCGAAGCUGAAGUGGGCCGAGGAGAGGAGGAGUCAGGAGCCGCCAUUGCCGACGAUUCCGUCGACCAUCCACGACGAGCUGCAGUGCAACCCGUUCAUGCGGGUCAACCGCGAGUCGGUCAAGCGAGCGCUGGGCCUGGCCACCGAGGCCGACCCCAUCGAGGUCAUGGCCAAACUGCGCCACAUGAAGGACAAGUGGUAA